AUGGACAGAGGAAAAAGAAACUUGACUCGAAACAACCGUAUUACGAAAGAACCACCUCUAACUAUUAAACCUCCCAAACAUCCUGGUCGCGAAUACAAACGACGCGGGUUACUAGGCGAGGGUGGCUUUGGAAGGUGUUUUGAGGUAGAGACGAACGAGGGCAAGAUACUUGCUGUCAAAGUUGUAGACAAAACCUCUUUAAGAAAUCCAAAGAACAAAGAUAAACUUCUUAGCGAAAUUGCUAUUCAUAAAAAAUUGGAUCAUCCUCAUAUUGUCAAAUUUUAUGAUUGUUUUGAAGAUCAAUCAUUCGUAUAUUUAUUAAUGGAACUUUGUGAAAAUAAGACCUUAGCUUCUAUGAAUAAAAAAAGACAACGCCUGACCGAGCCUGAAGUUCGAUACUUUAUGCUCCAGCUACUUGAUGCGUGCGAGUAUAUGCAACGUCAAUUUGUGAUUCAUCGUGAUCUCAAGUUGGCAAAUCUGUUUAUCUCAAAGGAUAUGAAGAUCAAAAUCGGGGAUUUUGGUUUAGCGGCACAAUUGGAACGUGAAGGCGAAAGGAAAAAAACCAUAUGUGGUACGCCGAAUUAUAUCGCGCCUGAAGUCUUAUUUGAUCAGAUGAACGGCCAUAGUUUUGAAGCUGAUGUGUGGUCAUUGGGUGUUAUCAUGAGAAUUAGGGAGUUAAAAUACGAUUUCCCAUCAUGUAUUACUGAUGUCUCUAUGGAAGCAAAGAAAUUGAUUAAUCUCAUGUUAACUUUGGAUCCAGAGGAACGGCCUACUAUUCGCCAGAUCUUGGAUCACGAGUUUUUCCAUUUAGGAGUGACCCCCACAACAAUCCCAGUGACCGCAUUAAAUAUUACGCCUUGUUUUGAUGUUCCUAAAUUAAACUUGCCAACCAUUAAUUCUUCACGUCCUAUCAGACAGCCAUUGAAAGUCCUACUUACCAAUAAUUUAAAUAAGAAACCUAUUGCUAAUUCUGAAAAUAAAAGUAAAAAGGAUACCGAAAAAAAAUCUGAAGAUAAAAAUAAAAAAGAUAACGACAAAAAACCUGAAGAUAGACUUACCGACAAAAAGUCUGAAGGUAAAAAUAAAUUUGUUAACGAAAAAAAAUUUGAAGAUAAAAAUAAGAAUCAGAAAGAAAAAAAAUAUGGAGAUGAAAAUAAAAAGGGCAAUGAAAAAACAUUCGAAGAUGAAAAUAAAAAGGAUAACGAAAAAAGAUCUAAGCUUGAAUCUGUUGGUUCCUCUAGUAAACUACGAACCGGCGUUCUUGAAUCAAUCUUAAAUACCCUUGAAAUAUCAUUUAGAACACUUGAAAAUGACAAAAAUAUAAUAUGCAAUACUACUGGUGAUAAAACACUUACACCUCGUGUAUUUAUAAAUAAAUGGAUUGAUUAUUCAAAUAAAUAUGGAAUGGGAUACCAAUUGACUGAUGGUUCCGUAGGUGUAAAUUUUAACGACAAGACAACCUUGAUCAUGUCUCCCAACGGAAGUCGCAUAUCUUCUACAAUAAUUCCAACACGCAAAUCCUAUUUAGUAGCUAGUUGCCCUAAAGACCUACAAAAAAAAAUGUAUUUAUUGAGAAACUUUCGUAAUUAUAUGAACGAAACUCUUUCGAAAAGGGCACAUUCAUAUGCUUUUGACGAUAAAAAUCGAAUUCAAAAUAUGGAAUUUCUUACAAAAUUCAAAAGAACGCCUCAUGCGAUGAUGUUUCGAUUAAGCAAUCGUGUUGUACAGGUAAAUUUCUUUGAUCACGUGAAAAUCGUGAUAUCAGAAGAAGGAUAUGUUAUAACAUAUAUUGAUGAGACAAAUGAGUUAAAGACGCUUGCUAUUACGGAGUUUUUGAAAUUGGAUAAUUCUGUAGAGAUGAAUCGAUUGAAAUAUGUGAAGGAUGUUUUAAAAAAAUUAGUUGAUGCAGCACAUAAAUCUAAAAAAUUACCCGAAAAAUAG